CUUUAAAAAAAUGUUGAUAUCCACUAGCUGAAAUUAAGGAUUAUUAAACUGCUACUAGGCUGUAUAUUUUACAAAAAAAAAAUUGGAAUAAUGCAAAGGAAUAUUAAACGGUCAACUCGUGGACCAUUACGGGCAAUUAAUAACGCCCUAUCAACUAAUACAAAUGUGAUAUCAUGUAAACCAGAAAAAGCUACCGAUAUGGUCACUAGUCAUAAAGUAGUGGAAAAUGAAUCUGAUCAAAGGAAUCAAUCACACUUAAGAAUGGAUAACAAUCAACAACCUACAACACCUGUAUUGCGUGCAUCGUGUCGACUAUCACAAACAAAAUCAUCGCAAUCAUUGUAUGAUAUUCUACCCAUGCCUUUACGCUCUUCAUCUUGUCGAUCGGAAAAACAAUAUUUGAAGUCCGAUAUUCGUCGUCACUUUCCAAUUCGUACAAGUGGGUCAAAAACCUCAUAUCAAGAAAAUAAAACUCCGAAGUGUUUUGAUGACACUCUUGAUUCAUUAACAAAUGCUUCAGUAAUUAUGAAUUCCUCCUUAUCUUCCCUUGAUUCCGCAUCUCCAAUUGGUGAUAUCCCGCGUAAACGUCAUCUUGGCACUUGGCAAAUCUUAACAGAAUCAAAACAAUCCCGACUGAGUGAAGGUCAGCAGUGUGUGAAGCUAAGAAAUGACAGUGAUACAAUUUGUCUUGUAAUGGGUUCUGAAGUAAAGACUCAUCCAAGAUACUGGAUGAGAAAAAGUGCAGCAGAAAUUCCUGUAACACCUGAACAAACUUCUCCUAAAAUUACUCCAAAGAAACAUCUAGCUCCUAUUUGUCCAGUCCCAAUGCCAAGUGGAUUUCCACUUCAGUUACCGAUUAGAUAUUCAUCUGUUUCAUUACCAUGGGAAUGUGGUAACUACUCCAGACCUAGCUUGUCACGCACUGUUGAAACACAGACUUCCCCUAUUGAUUCAAACAAAAUUCCUCAAACUGAGAAACCCAAAGGAAGGAGACAUACAGGAAUCGGACUUCGAAGCUCAGGUACAGCUCAAGUACUUCAAAAUAUUCGCCGGAAAUUUGGUCAUCUCAGAAGAGCUAUAAGUGCAGAUAGACUAAAUAAAAAUUCUUCCACGUCAUUUGAAAAUUGUAAUCAGGAUCGUAUAUCUUCUUCACCAAAUCCAUAUAAUACUAAACAGUCUACUACAAAUAAUGCGAAUUCCGAGGUCCACUUUAACCAAGAUCCUUCUUACAAACUCACAUGUCAUAUUACACGUAAAAAUCCUGAUGGUUCAGUACAAAUUUCACUGAGACGUUCAUCAACUAAUGGUCAAUUUGGUUUUUUCAUUGCACGUGAUUCAAAAGGUAAGAUUUCUUUCGAUUAAAUCAGGAAGUUUUGCGACAGGUUGAUGUGGGAUUGCAUAUAACUUUGAAUAGGGCACGAACCAUGACACAUUUGAACUAAAUACAUAGUCAUUUGUCUCAAUCUCCAAAUGGGUUGCAAACUUUAUCUUUAGCAUGAAUUAAAUUGGUUUUACGCACGUCUCUUUUACUAGCCAUCGAAAAAACGACAAAUACUCUAAAUUCCUUUUUUAUUACAUUUCAGGUAUUUAUGUCAGUCGGCUAGGAAGUGUCCGAUGUGCCGCAAAACUCUGGGAUGUAUUUCAUGUUGGUGACAGAAUAUUAGAAGUUCAAGGUAUACCGUGUGACACUCUUGAAGUGGAAGAAGUUAAAAAUCUUAUACGAGGAUGUGAACUUGUCGAGUUCCGAGUAAAAUCAUCUCAUCAUUCAGACUAUAAAAAGAAUCCAUUCCGACUGAGUCUUUCCUGAUUUAUUUAAUGUUUGUAUUGUAACCAAAAUUUCCUUAUUGCCUUUUAUACUACUGGCGCUUAACAACAGUAGUAUCAGAUGUGUUACAUCCUGCAACCUAAUUGUACAUAGACUUUACAUUAGAUUUUUAUAUUAUGAUUUUCUUUAAAUUAGAUUGUACAGAGGUCAAAUUUAAUUAUUAUUAUUAUCAUUAUUACUCUCAUCCACAUUAUUCCUAUUUUUCUGUAAAAAUCAGAGUUUUACAAUCUUACUUUUAUUUACCUUGAAGAUAAUUUAAAUAAAUUUUGAUUAAUAUUUUACUCCCAUUUGUACUAAUGUUGAUUUUAUAUAAAAGU